AUGGCUUCUUUUAAAGUUAAUGCUCUUUUCUUCAUAGCUUUCUCUCUUUCGCUUGCAUGCCAAAGCCUUGCUGAUGGCAACAACAAUACUUCUACGUUAGUCGUAGAUGUUGGUCAUGGAAAGCCAAUCUCCAAAUAUUUUUUUGGAGUAUUCUUUGAGGAAAUUAAUCAUGCUGGAGCUGGAGGAUUGUGGGCAGAACUUGUGAAUAAUAGAGGUUUUGAAGCUGGAGGCUCAGCCCUUCCCUCAGGCAUGUCUCCAUGGAAAAUAAUUGGAGAUAGAUCAAAUAUUAAUGUCCAAACUGAACCUACCUCCUUGUUCCCAACUAAUCCAAUGGCUGUUAAAAUGGAUAUUCUUUGUCCUUCUCCAGCUAAAUGCCCUAAUGGUGUCGGUCUUUCUAACCCUGGUUUUUGGGGCAUGAAUAUUGAGGAAGGGAAGGAAUAUAGAGUUAUAUUUUAUCUUCGUGCCUUAGGGUCAAUCAAUUUGAAAGUGGCAUUUACAGGAGCAGAUGGAAAAGAGGCUCUUGCAACUUAUGUUGCAAAGUGGAAAAGGUUUGAGACUAUUCUAAAAGCUAAAGCAUCAGAUGUUCAAGCAAGCCUUCAAUUAACAACUAACCAAAAAGGAGUUAUUUGGUUGGAUCAAGUUUCAGCAAUGCCUUUGGAUACAUAUAAGGGACAUGGCUUCAGAAAAGACCUUUUUCAAAUGGUGGCUGAUCUGAAACCAACAUUUCUUAGAUUUCCUGGUGGUUGCUAUGUUGAAGGUGAUUAUUUGAGGAAUGCGUUUAGGUGGAAAGAUACCAUAGGACCAUGGGAGAAGAGGCCUGGUCAUGUAAACGAUAUGUGGGGUUAUUGGGUUGAUGAUGGAUUUGGUUAUUUAGAGUUUCUUCAGUUAUCGGAGGACCUUGGUGCUGCUCCGAUAUGGGUAUUUAAUAAUGGAAUUAGUCAUCAUGAUCAAGUAAAUACUAGUGAUGUUGAUCCAAUGGUUCAGGAAGCUCUUGAUGGAAUUGAAUUUGCAAGAGGUCCUAUCACGUCAAGAUGGGGCAGGCUAAGAGCUUCUUUAGGUCAUCCCAAGCCUUUUGAUUUGCGAUAUGUUGCUAUUGGAAAUGAGGAUUGUGAUAAGACAAAUUACCAAGGAAACUACCUCAAAUUUUAUAAUGUCAUAAAGCAUGCAUACCCAGAUAUGCAAAUCAUAUCAAAUUGUGAUGCUACUCAGAAACCCUUGAAGCAUCCAGCAGAUUUGUAUGACUUCCAUAUAUAUACAAGUGCCAAGAGUUUCUUUGCACUGUAUACUAAGUUCGACAACAUGCCUCGUUCUGGCCCUAAGGCUUUUGUUAGUGAAUAUGCUGUUACGGGUAAAGAUGCUGCAAAUGGAACCCUCUUGGCUGCAUUGGGUGAAGCCGCAUUCCUUAUGGGACUAGAAAAGAAUAGUGAGGUUGUUGAAAUGGUUAGCUACGCACCACUCUUUGUUCAUACCAAUGAUAAGAGGUGGUUACCCGAUGCUAUCGUAUUUGAUUCUCAUCAAAAUUAUGGAACUCCAAGCUAUUAUUUGCAAAAGCUAUUCUCAGAGUCGAGUGGCGCAACAUAUCUGAACUCAACACUUCAAGGCUCUUCUUCAGUUGUUGCAUCUGCAAUUGCUUACACGAGUUCAACAAACAAGAAGAGUUACAUAAGAGUAAAGGUUGUGAACUUCAAUGACAAUCCUGCAAUUUUUAAGAUCACUUUCAAUGGUUUAGAAGUAAUAAAUGAAAAACUUUCUGAGGCAACAAAGAUAGUGCUUACAUCUCCAAAUGUAAUAGACGAGAACUCCUUCGAAGUGCCUACAAAGAUAACUCUGGUGCAAAGUUCAUUAGAGAAUUCUGGAAAAGACUUGACUUUCAAGCUCCCUCCAAAUUCAGUCACUGCUUUUGAUUUUCCAAAGUGAUGGACCACUUUUGAAGACAGG